AUGGUCGUUCCUUUCAAUAACGAAGAAUCUGCCCAAAUCCAAGUAAAAGGCUGGUUCCACUGGCGCGGACUUUCCCAGCCGAACUACGACCCUUCUCUACUACAACCCGAUAGAGCUGAAUUCGAUAUUGGGACUGAGCUUGACGAAGAACGAAAGGCCGAUAUACUAAGCGCCCCGUAUUACAGAGAACUCCCGGACGAGUCCGUAAGGGGCAGAGAGGCCUCAUGGAUCGGUACCUUUGUAGACGCCCACAAAGACCAACUACUCAACACGGAUGCAACGAAAGACCGUACUUGCUUUGGUGAAGGCCAUGCCCAGUACCCUAACGCCAAAGAAUUCGACGGAGAGGAGGCAGUUGGCUUUGCCCAACAGUUCUGUGAAGACAUCAUCAACUCUUGGGAUCCAGCAACCCCAAUUCCACCAUCUGUGCGCGAUACCGCGGAUUUCCGUAACGCAAGUAGGGCGUAUAAACUUACAAAAACAAACGCUGACUCGCAUGUUGGAUUCUUUGCGGUCGCUGAUCCUGCGUUGUUCAUUCAAGCUCGACCCACUUGGUACUUUUUUGAAGGAGCUACGAACGACACCAAAGUCGACCACUGUCGCUUGACUUACAAGGAUAUCAUACGCAAUUGCGAUACUGACGCCACCAAAAGACGUGGUGGCGUGCUCAAACUCAACGACCGCCUCUACGGCGUCUACGUCACACCGGAUGAGCGAGAGGAUAAACUUCCCUGGCUCACAGAUUACACUGCUCUCGGUGAUCUCAAGUGUGCGAAUUACAAUGACACAAGCAACUGGCAUAUAAAAACAUCCAUCGAGGGUACAUCAAAGACAGAGUCGCCUGUUGACAUCACUGAGAGGGAUAAAUUGAGUAACAUUUGCUCAUGCUGGUACUCUGCUUUUCCGUUCACCUUCGAUCUGUUUUGCAAAGGUUCCGCGUCUAAGUGUGAGGACUUGGCGGCCGACGACAAGAGGAAAGCGGCGCUUUGGGACGAUUUUGCCUGUGCAUUGUAG